UUCCAAUAUUAAGGCUAAUAUAACCUUACACUCAGCAACCAAAUAGACGGGGACCUCAGGUUUGCAUCCUCUUUGAAUUUAUCUAAAUGGGUUUGGAGCUUUGAUAGUGGGAUAUAAAAGGGCACCUAGGACAACUUUGCUCAGAAAUAUGCAAAGACCUUUCUUCGGGAUUGGAUGAGACUGCCUUUUGUGUCAUAUGACUUUAUUCUUUCUUUCCCCCUUCCCCUUCUUUACAGACUCUUGAGUUCUUCUUGAAUUGCCAGUUUUCAGCCUCCUCAUGCCUCCGUCUCCUUUAGACGACAGGGUAGUAGUGGCACUAUCUAGGCCCGUCCGACCUCAGGAUCUCAACCUUUCUUUAGACUCUAGCUAUCUUGGCUCUGCCACCCCAGGCAGCAAUAGACACCAUCCUGUCAUCGCCACCACAGUUGUGUCCCUCAAGGCUGCGAAUCUGACGUAUAUGCCCUCAUCCAGCGGCUCUGCCCGCUCCCUGAAUUGUGGAUGCAGCAGUGCCAGCUGCUGCACUGUGGCAACCUACGACAAGGACAAUCAGGCCCAAACCCAAGCCAUCGCUGCUGGCACUGCCACCACCGCCACGACCGCCAUUGGAACCUCUACCACCUGCCCUGCUAACCAGAUGAUCAACAACAAUGAGAAUACAGGCUCUUUAAGUCCAUCAGGUGGGGUGGGCAGCCCUGUGUCGGGGACCCCCAAGCAGCUAGCCAGCAUCAAAAUAAUCUACCCCAAUGACCUGGCAAAGAAGAUGACCAAAUGCAGCAAGAGUCACCUGCAGCAGGGACCUGUCAUCAUUGUACCCUUCAUGGAGUACAACAAAAGUCACAUCCAAGGAGCUGUCCAUGUUAACUGUGCCGAUAAGAUCAGCCGGCGGAGACUGCAGCAAGGCAAGAUCACUGUUCUAGACUUGAUUUCCUGUAGGGAAGGCAAGGACUCUUUCAAGAGGAUCUUUUCCAAAGAAAUUAUAGUUUAUGAUGAGAAUACCAAUGAACCGAGCCGAGUGAUGCCCUCCCAGCCGCUUCACAUAGUCCUCAAGUCCCUGAAGAGAGAAGGCAAAGAACCUCUGGUGUUGAAAGGACGGAGGGGUGCACAUGCUCCCAGUGCCCGUGUGGAGCCAGCAGGAGGUGGACAUCCACGUCCCCAUCACCCUCCACCCCAGCAUCUUGACGUUCCCGUGGCAGCCCAAGACUGGCGCCUACCAGUACACCAUCCAGGCCCACUGGGGCAGCGGGAACUUUAGCUGGUCUUCCUCCAGCCACCUGGUGGCCACCGUCACCGUCAAG